AUGGACGCGGAAAGGAUACGUGGCUGGCUGACGGCGCCGUUCGGUUUCACAACGGUUCCAGUCACCACGUUGGCCGUCGUGCUCUACGCCUUGUUAUUCUCUCUGGUCUCGCGUUCUGACCAGCUCUAUGAUGUUCCAAAGGACACAAGUGGAUUGAAUGUGGAUAGGGCAUAUUUUGACUUGCACCAGAUUACUGCGCGUCCGCACCCAUACCUAUCACAUGCCAACGAUGAUGUGCGGACGUACCUCCUGUCGCAGCUCAAACCCAUCGUUGCUGAACACGAGCACGUCCACCUGUCAGAUGACCUGCUUUCCAACGCAUCUUGGGUCAUUAGAGGGUAUGGCGUGUAUUUCGAGGGGACGAACAUCCUCGUCAAGAUUGAUGGGACGGAUAGCUCACUGUCCAGACCAGACUCCAAGCCGACUGGUGUGCUCUUCUCCGCGCACUACGAUUCGGUCUCUACCGGUCCUGGCGCUACAGAUGACGGCAUGGGGAUCGUGACGUUGCUGGAACUUGUCAGGUACUUGUCCAACCCAAAGCAUAGGCCGAGACGGACGGCCGUUUUCUUAUUCAACAAUGGGGAGGAAGACGGUCUGAAUGGGGCAUACGUGUACUGGAAGCACCCUUGGUCCAACCUCACUUCCAGCUUCAUCAAUCUGGAAGGGGCUGCAUCAGGAGGCCGACCGCUACUUUUCCGUUCCACGUCUCUGGCACCUACACGCGCCUUUCUCUCGAGCGCCAUCCGGCACCUGCAGGCGGACGUCGUGACCGGCGAUGCGUUCAAGCGUGGCGUUAUAAAGAGCCAUACCGAUUAUGAAGUGUACGCGCUGGGCCUGAAGGGCAAGGCGGAGCCGAUGGCUGGCCUAGACGUCGCGUUCUACAAGAAUCGUGCAUACUAUCAUACGACACGGGACUCGGUGCCUGGGGUGGGUUAUGGACAGGGUCGAAAGGCACUGUGGGCGAUGAUGGAGGUUGCGAGGGGAGCAGGAGUCGCGCUGCUGAACGUCGACGAAACGUCCGAUGACAAUGGGCAAUCUGGAGUGUACUUUGAUCUUUUGAGAUCUAAGCUCGUGCUAUUCUCGCUGCACUCGCUCUUUGUGACCAACGUCAUAUUCCUUGUCAUCGGACCUCUUACGACGUUCGUUCUAUUGGUCGUUCUGCGGUUCGGGACUAAGAAGCCUUCUGAGGAACGCGCGGCUGAGCAACACGCCACAAGUGGAACAUGGGUCAGAACUAAAGAGGUCCUACGAGUUCUAAUAGCUUGGAGCCGGUUCUGGGUGGCGCUCAUAUUGGGAGUAGCCGCUCAAAUCGGCGUCGUAGCCGGCUAUCUCAGCGUCAACCCCUACGUUGUCCAUGCUCACCCAUUUUUGGUGCUCAUGACGUUUCUGUCCCUCUCCUUUCUCGUGAUCGCCUUUCCGAUUCAGUUGCUUCAGCGGCUUCUGCCUUCCCCACCAUCCUCGCAGAAGCUAGCUAUGCUACUCGAACAUUAUGUUUUCACCUGGAUCCUGCUCAUCGCCGCCACAGUCCAAGUCAACAAAAAUCAGAUCGGUGGUGGAUACUGGAUUACUGCAUGGAAUAUUUGUGCAUGGCUUGCGCUGUCGGUCGCAUUUAUUGAAGGAAGCGUACGGGCGCGGAGGAUGGGAGACGCGGGCAACAAAGCGGCAUUUGACAUGACUGUGGACGAUGUUCACGAUGAGAGCAAUGACACGGGCCGCCGGUUUGUCAGCGGCGUGCUGUACGAAGUCCCAGAAGACCCUCACCACCCCAUAGACGAGCAGGAGCACAGUGACACUCAGGGCGAGAUUGUUGAGACGGAGCCAACGGAGAUUACGCCCCUAAUGCACCAGAGCCGCGGAGUUGCCAGCGCAGAUGCAGUGCAUGCGAAAUAUGACGAGUUUGGCUGGUGGAUCUUGCAGCUCCUUGUGGGCGUGCCAAUUACUGCGCUGCUCCUGUUCCAGCUGGAGCUUCUUCAACUGCAAGCGAUGAUGAAUACGCUGGUGGACGGAAGUAGCCCCUUAAUUGUUUAUGGAGCCCUCUCGGUACUAUCGAUGUUCAUUUUCAUUCCUCUGGCACCGUUUGCACAUAAGCUCCACUAUGGACUCACGCUCGUCGCAUCAGUCCUUCUCGUUCUUGGACUGGUGUUUUCUUGGACUGCGUUGCCGUUUACCCUAGACAAGCCCUUCAAAGUAUUCGUGCAACAGCAAGUUGAGGUUGACCUACCUCCUUACGAUUCAUUGUCGACUCCCUUAGCUGUCAAUGCCGGCAACGCUGAAAUGUCGGUGAUUUUUCAGCAGAACAGCUCGAACAGGGUUGUGCGAGCUGUAACAUCCCUGACUGGGCUGCACGGUUAUGUCGACCGCCAUAUCGUACGUGACAUGCCGUCAUCCUGGGGAAAGGACGUGCAAUGUCAUGAGGACACGUUGGUCCGACCAGGCCUGUACGAAUGUUUGUGGGAGAGCGAGCUCCUGCCCUGGCCUGGAGGGAACGAGACGGAGGGACCUCACGCGCAAUGGAUCGACGUCAAGACGACGCGACUGAACGACACUAGCGCAAUGAUAUACGUUAAAGGGACCAAUACACGUGGCUGCAGACUGUACUUUGACAAGCCGAUCAGCUACUACAAGAUCCGUCGCUCGGACGAGGAGGACGCGCCACAGGUGAGCGGUACCGAUGGACAAUUCUUGCCCGGAUAUGAGAUGCCUGCGGAGGGCGUGAAGGAGGUGAGGCUGUGGACACGGACGUGGGAGAGAGGAUUCUCGGUGGAGUUUGGAUGGAAUGGCACAGAGAACGACUCGAGCUCUGCCCAUAUGCAAGGGCGGGCUGCAUGCGAGUGGGCAGAGUAUGCCAGUGGCUCCGCUGGUGGGAGUACUCCAGUCGCACGUAGCGGCCUGAUUCCUGCGUUGGAAGAGGUGAAGGCGUUCCUUCCCUUGUGGGCACUGCCUACCAAGUUGACCGAUGGGCUGGUGGAGGUGUGGACUAAGUUCUCGAUUUGA